CGCCUCCUCAGUCCGCCCCCCUCACUCUCGCCUACUCCCUCCGCGCCCGCCGGCGAGCGGAUCCGCCGCCGCCGCCGUCUGACCAUGAAGCAGCUCCACCGGCAGCCCAGCCUCAGCAAGCAGCACCGGCCGCACCACCGCUCCUCCCUCUCCCGCUCCCUCGCGUCCUACCUCCUCCGCGAGCACCGCCUCCUCUUCGUCCUCCUCGGCUUCCUCCUCGCCUCCUCCUUCUUCCUCCUCUACCCCGCCCUCGCCCCGCACCCCAUCUCUCUCUCCUCCUCCGCCCACGUCGCCACCGUCACUUCCGUCACCUCCGCCAACGCGUCGCCGCGCCGCCUCCCCGUCGGCGUCCGCAAAAAGGCCCUGCGGGUCGUGGUCACCGGGGGCGCCGGCUUCGUCGGCAGCCACCUCGUCGACAAGCUCCUCGCCCGCGGGGACAGCGUCAUCGUCGUCGACAACUUCUUCACGGGCCGCAAGGAAAACGUCGCGCACCACCUCGCCAACCCUCGCUUCGAGCUCAUCCGCCACGAUGUCGUCGAGCCCAUCCUCCUCGAGGUCGACCAGAUCUACCACCUCGCCUGCCCCGCCUCCCCCGUCCACUACAAAUUCAACCCAAUCAAGACCAUCAAGACCAAUGUGAUGGGGACGUUGAACAUGCUGGGACUGGCGAAGAGGGUCGGUGCCCGGUUCUUGCUCACCAGCACCAGUGAGGUGUACGGUGAUCCUCUAGAGCAUCCUCAAAAGGAGAGUUACUGGGGCCAUGUCAAUCCUAUAGGUGUAAGGAGUUGUUACGACGAGGGAAAGAGAACAGCAGAAACUCUGACCAUGGAUUACCAUCGUGGUGCUGGUGUUGAGGUUAGAAUUGCUCGCAUAUUCAACACGUACGGCCCUCGUAUGUGUUUAGAUGAUGGCCGGGUUGUUAGCAACUUUGUUGCACAGACUUUGCGAAAACAACCAAUGACGGUUUAUGGUGAUGGAAAGCAAACAAGAAGCUUUCAAUAUGUUUCAGAUUUGGUUGAUGGGUUGAUAACUCUGAUGGAAAAUAAGUACAUUGGACCUUUCAACUUGGGAAACCCUGGGGAGUUUACCAUGUUGGAGCUUGCUCAGGUAGUGAAAGAGACAAUUGACCCAAGUGCCCGUGUUGAAUUUAAACCCAACACCGCCGAUGAUCCACACAUGAGAAAACCUGACAUCUCAAAGGCCAAAUCUCUUCUCAAUUGGGAGCCAAAAGUCUCGCUGAAGCAAGGCCUGCCCCGUAUGGUUUCGGACUUCCAGAAACGCAUCUUGGAUGAGAAAUGAGGGGCAGGAGUUACCAAAGUCGAAUCUGUAUUAUACUUCACGUUCACGGAGCAUUUUUUAGUGCCUUGGCAAGCUCGGCUGCGGGCGUAUAGAUCACAGAUAGCUUACCCAAGAUUCAUCUUCCAGGCAACUCCUUAGUGACAUGUGUUAGUUGGUUUUAGUUUCAUUGAUCAUGUCAAAACCUAGCCUUUGAGAGAAGAGUACUAGGAAUUUUACACAUAAAUAUAGCCUCGCCUUUUCUUUUGCUCUGAGUGAUAUUCUGCAACUCAUCCGGUUUGUGUUUAUAGGAUUUCAUGAUAUACUGUAGGGCAGAAAAUAGGUGCGUA